UCCAGCCCUCCAGCCCUCCAGCCCUCCAGCCCUCAGGCGGCCCAUCGGUCCGGCGGUCGUUCCGUCCGUCCGGCCACCUCUGCCUCCCGCCGCCUCGCGGGGCCCAACGCCGCCCCGCAGCCCCGACCGGGGCCGGAGCCCGGAGGACCGGGGGGCCGGGGGACCGGAGGAGCGGAGCCCGGAGGAGAAGGAAGGAGCGGGGUCCGGAGGGGCGAGCAGAAUCCAGGAUGAGGCAGGGCGUCGUGGUUGAGUGGAGCAUCAAGAUGCUAAUUCUGGUCUUCGUCCUGAAGACCACCUCGUCCCUAAAUCCGGAAGACCCCAACGUCUGCAGUCACUGGGAGAGCUAUGCGGUCACAGUCCAGGAAUCCUUCGCCCACCCCUUUGACCAGAUCUACUACACGAGGUGCGCCGACAUCCUUAACUGGUUCAAGUGCACAAGGCAUCGGAUAAGUUAUAAAACGGCCUAUCGGAGAAGGCUCAGGACCACCUACCGCCGGCGAUCCCAGUGCUGCCCGGGAUACUACGAGAACGGCGACUUCUGCACACCGCUGUGCAGCGAGGAGUGUAAGCACGGGAGAUGCGUCUCCCCGGACACCUGCCACUGCGAGCCCGGCUGGGGAGGGAGCGACUGCUCGAGCGGCUGUGACAGUGAGCACUGGGGACCUCACUGCGGCAAUCCCUGCCAGUGCCAGAACGGAGCCCUGUGCAAUCCCAUCACGGGCGCCUGCGUCUGCGCCGACGGCUACCGGGGCUGGCGCUGCGAGGAGCCCUGCGACCCGGGGACCUACGGCCAGGGCUGCCAGCUGCCCUGCCAGUGCCGCCGCGGGGCCACCUGCGACCACCGCACCGGAGAGUGUCACUGUGCUCCCGGCUACACCGGGGUGUUCUGCGAGGCGCUGUGCCCGGUGGGGAGCCACGGUGCCCACUGCGAGCUGCGCUGCCCCUGCCAGAACGGGGGCACCUGCCACCAUGUGACCGGGGAGUGCGCCUGCCCCCCAGGCUGGACCGGCUCGGUGUGUGCACAGCCCUGCCCGCCGGGCACAUUUGGUGCCAACUGCAGCCAGGAGUGCCCGUGCCACCACGGAGGGCAGUGCGACCACGUGACGGGGCGCUGCCAGUGCCUGGCUGGCUACAUGGGAGACAGGUGUCAAGAGGAGUGCCCCGUCGGCAUGUUCGGGUUCCAGUGCUCCCAGCGGUGCGACUGCCACAACGGGGCCACCUGCUCCCACACGAGCGGAGCCUGCCGGUGCCCCCCAGGCUACCAGGGGCCCCGGUGCCAGGAGAGGCUGUGCCCGCAGGGGCUGUUCGGCCUCAGCUGUGCCCAGAAGUGUCCCUGCGACCCCAACAACGCUCUCAGCUGCCACCCGCUCUCCGGGGAGUGCACGUGCCGAGCCGGCUGGGACGGGCUCUACUGCAACGAGUCGUGCCCGGCCGGGUACCACGGCGAAGGUUGCCGGCUGCCCUGCGCCUGUCAGAACGGCGCCGACUGCGACAGUGUCACCGGGCGGUGCGCUUGUGCCCCGGGCUUCAUGGGCGAGGUGUGCUCCGUGCCCUGUGCCCCCGGAACCUAUGGCAUCAACUGCUCCUCCAUUUGCUCCUGCAAGAACCAGGGCACCUGCUCUCCUGUGGACGGCUCCUGUGCCUGCAGAGAAGGCUGGCAGGGCGUGGACUGCUCUCUCCCUUGCCGCAGCGGCUCGUGGGGGCACAACUGCAACCAGACCUGCGUCUGUGCCAACGGGGCGGCCUGCCAUCCUGCCGACGGGUCCUGCUCCUGCUCCUCCGGUUGGCUGGGGGACACCUGCGACCGGCCCUGCCCCGACGGGACGUACGGCCUCAACUGCAGCGAGCGCUGCGACUGCAGCCACGCCGACGGCUGCGACCCGGUCACGGGGCGAUGCUGCUGCCUGCCCGGCUGGACCGGUGUCCGCUGCGACAGCUCGUGUGGCCAGGGCCGCUGGGGUCCAGACUGCGCCAUCGCCUGCCGCUGUGAGAACGGAGGGUCCUGCUCUCCUCAGGACGGCGCCUGCGACUGCGCUCCUGGCUUCCGCGGGCCUCUGUGCCAGAGAAUUUGCACCCCGGGCUUCUACGGCCCCCGCUGCGGCCAGGCCUGCCCGCUCUGCGUGCACAGCACCGGGCCCUGCCACCACGUCACCGGUCUCUGCGACUGCCUUCCCGGCUUCACCGGUGCCCUCUGUAACCAAGCGUGUGCCAGCGGGCGGUUCGGGAAGGCGUGUGCCCAGGAGUGCGCCUGCACCAACAACGGCACCUGCAGCCCCAUCGACGGUUCCUGCCAGUGCUCCCCCGGUUGGAUCGGCCAGGACUGCGCUCAGGCCUGCCCAGCGGGAUUCUGGGGUCCCGACUGCUUCCACGCCUGCAGCUGCCACAACGGAGCCGCCUGCAGCGCGGACGACGGGGAAUGCCGCUGCGGCCCAGGCUGGACCGGCCUCUACUGCACGCAGCGCUGCCCUUCGGCCUUCUACGGGAAGGACUGCGGCCACCUUUGCCAGUGUCAGAACGGGGCCGACUGCCAUCACGUCAGCGGCCAGUGCGGCUGCCGGACGGGCUUCGCCGGGCGCCACUGUGAGCAGAAGUGCUCUCCGGGGACCUUCGGCUCCGGGUGUCAGCAGCUGUGCGAAUGUAUGAACAAUGCCACCUGCGAUCACGUCACCGGCACCUGCUACUGCAGUCCGGGCUUCAAGGGCAUCAGGUGUGACCAAGCCGCCCUCAUGAUGGAGGAGCUGAACCCCUACACCAAGAUCAGCCCGGCGCUGGGCUCGGAGCGGCACUCGGUGGGCGCCGUCAUCGGCAUCGCCCUCCUCCUGCUCCUCGUCGUGGCGCUGCUGGCGCUGUUCGCCUGGCACCGCCGGCGGCAGAAGGAGAAGGGGCACGACAUGCCCAGCGUCUCCUACACCCCGGCCAUGAGGAUCGUCAGCACCGACUACUCCCUCUCGGAUGUAUCGCACAGUAGCGGCAGCGGGCAGUGCCUUCCCAACCCCAACUACCAUCCCCUGUCCCGCGCGGGGUCUCCCGAGCCCGUCAGUAGUCUGGACGGGAGCAGCUUCAGUAAGCUCAGUGACAAAUCCCUCGACGGCGACGCGGCAGGCUGGACCCCGUACAGCUAUCUGAAUGUGCUAGACUCCCAUUUCCAGAUCAGUGCCCUGGAGGCCAGGUUCCCGGCCGAGGACUUCUACAUUGAACUUAGACAGCUCAGCCAAAGCGCCUCUAAGCCCGGCAGAACAGGUGCUUGUGGAAUGGAUAGAGGCCAGAACACAUACAUUAUGGAGAAGGGCUUCAAAGGGUACACGAAGGGGUCGGUGUGCAGCUCCAGCACGGGAUCCCUGAGCAGCGGCAGCGGCGAGAACCCGUACGCCACCAUCCGCGACCCGCCCGCCCCCGCCCGCAAGCCCGCCGAGAGCAGCUACGUGGAGAUGAAGUCCCCCGGGCCCCGCCAGACGCCGCCCGCCACCGCCAGAAACGUCUACGAGAUGGAGCCCACGGUGAGCGUGGUCCAGGAAGGCCGGGGGCCCAGGGCCGGCGCACUCCAGAAUCCCUACGACCUUCCCAGGAACAGCCACGUCCCGGGUCACUACGAUCUCCUCCCCGCCCCCGCCCCGGGACCCUGGCGGGACCAGCAGGGUUACAGGGAGCCGCUCCUCUAGGCCGCCGCCGCCGCCGCCUCCCCGGGGCCCGAAACCGGUCGAAGACCUUCCCCACCCUCCGGCCUCCCUCCGCCCCGACACUCUCUCCCCACCCCCAACCCCCCAAGGCUGCCCCGUCCAUUGCCGAAGCGGAUCCCACGGGGUCAAGGGUGGCUGGACCCCCCGCCCCCGCCCCCGGGGCCCAGCCUCCCGCCUGUGCCCGUCCUGCGUCCGGCCUGUUGUGCACGUGCUCCUCUGGCGCCCCGCCGGCUUCGCCCUGGCCUCCAGGGUGGACAUCUGCCCCCUCUCGCCUUUUUAGGUUUGACUUUCAUGCCCAGUCAACCCCCUGCCUACCCCCCGCCCCCAUGCCGGCUCGUUUCUAGGGCACCCUCUCUGAGCACGACCGCCAGCUUUGUCCCCCUUCUGUUCCGGGACAGAACAGUCCCCCAACUUUGGCAGAACCAGCACCAACCUUCCUUGACCCUCCGCUUGUUCGGCGCCCGCCCCCUCCCCCUCCCCGCCCCCAGCGGGGUCCACCUUCACAGCCCCCCGCGCACCCGCACCCUCCUCCAGCCGUGGAGCCGGGGAGGGGAUGGGGCCCCGCGGGGCCAGAGACGGGGUUCGGGCGGCCCCCUUUUCCGUGUCGAUAGAACCCUUGACCUAGGAAAUAAGAUGACUUGCUCUUAAGCAUUUCCUUGUAGCUCUUAAGCUUGCCGUAGGAUUAAUUCCAAAUGUGACCAUUUUUCUAGGCAGAUUUAGCAGUAGCAGAUUCCUUGCUUGAAGCGUGUUGGGUUUUUUCCCGAAGGGAUUAGCUCGGCAGGGCGAAGCCAGCUUGGGCGGGGGCGGGCGACGCGGGCGGAGGUGAGGGGAGACCGCUCGGACUGGAGUGCCCACCCUCUCUCGGCUACAUCCUCCCUCUCUGGUGGCCAAGGGGCAGGCGGCGGGCCCGGACCGUAUCGGCAGCCCCGCCGCCAAGGAGCACCUCAUCCCUGCCCGGAGGUGGGCCCUAGGCUCCGGGCCCGGCUGACCGUCUCCUCCCACGAGAGUGCGGCCCGGAGCCUUUACCGCCAGCCGGCCGCUGGCGCCGGCCAUCUGGGCGUUGAAUCAGCGAGACAGAGAGAAAGGUGGGCAAAGGGAGGGAGAGAUCUCCACCCCGAUGGUCCCGGCCUAGAGGAGAGGGUUCCCGCCCCGGUCCAGACCCACCGUUGACACGACUGCCGACCGUGUGCAUGGGAGCGAGCGUGUAGUGGGUCGGCAGUAGGCGUCUUCCCUUCCGGAAAAGCCUUACGAAAGCAGGAGGAGGCGGUUGCUCUGUGGGUCCAGCGAGCGGGGCCUCAGGUGAGACAGGGGCCGAGCCUGGGAGGGACGGAGGGAGACCGUCUCUCCCACCCUGUAUCCCUGACUCUGCAGCCGGACCCCCUUUCUGGCCUUUUGCCGCGGGGGUGAGCGUGGUUCAGAUCCCCACGGGAUUAGGAGGAAGGGCGUGUCCCACCAUCAGCGAGACGUCUGUGGGCGGGCUGGCCUUGAGCCCUCCAUCCUCUUUCUCUCGCGCGCUAACACCUCCGGCUCAGUGGCACACGAAACACCUAGUUUCGUGUCUAGUCAGCCGACGGCGAAACAAGGGCUCGACCCGUCGGACCCGGGAUCACUUGUCCUCCCCCCGCCACCCCAAGGCAAGAAUCACAGCCCUCAGAUCAAAAACCCGGAUGGCAGAGGGCCCGGUGCCACCUGCUCCAGUCUGGGGACGAGGCCCGUUUUGUCCCCUGGGCAGGAUAGCAGCCCCUUCCCGUGGAGGGUCAGAGCGCCGCUCAGGGAAAAGCCUCACCGGAGCCCCCUCUCUCCCUCCCUCCUUCCUCCUGCACCCGCUUCGGCGGCUGGCAGCAGCUGUUGGCAUCAGAGCACCACCCCUCCCCCCACUCCAUACCUACCUCCCUCACCUCCCGCUCCAACUGUUCAGGAGCUGGGUUAGAGCAGACACAAGGGACCCAGCCCCUGGCUAGCAGCGUGGGUGGCCCGACGGCAUCCGAGCCACAGCCGCUGAGGGCGACCGGUGGGCUGGCAUCAGCCGGUUGCCCUGCCCGCCUUGAGCGCCCGAGUCCGGGGGGCGUGGGCGUGGUGUUUCCGGGAGACGCGUUCACUUUUCACCCAAGCUGGAUUUUUAACCAAACGAGCCCCGCAGCGAGUUCAGCAGAAACAGCAGACCCACCCCCCUGGACCAUAGCAUCACUUUAGGAAUUAGGCGAUGAAAUGGCAAUACUUUUUUAAGACAGAUUUGUAAUAUAUUUGUUCACCGUGCAACGGUUUCAGACCCCCGCACGAAAUAAAAAUGGAUUUCUCUCAA